AUGGUUACAAAUCCUACAGUUGAAAAUAUGUUUAAUUUUACUUCAUCACCGCACGCUAAGCAAGGUUCUGGCUUAUAUAAAGAUGUAGUAUCUCAAACACAAUUAGUUUAUUAUGACGAUCCGAAUGAGCUAGUAACUAGAUUACAUCUUUUAACAUCAUCAAAAAGUGUUGGUAAUACAGGUGUUAAUAAUGAAAUUAUAUCUAUUUUAGAAGAACUACGUGAAAGAGAUAUUAUAGUAUAA